UGGCCCCGCCAGGCACUGGCUCACACAAGGCGGGGACUGCCCCGGGCUGUAGCAGGAAGCCGGAAGCCAGUGGGGCUCCCGCUCUGGAGACAUGGCCGGGAUUAAAGCCCUUGUUGCUUUGUCCUUCACUGGAGCCAUUGGCCUAACUUUUCUGAUGUUGGGAUGUGCCCUGGAGGGUUAUGGAGUGUACUGGCCUCUGUUCGUGCUGAUAUUUCACGUGAUCUCCCCCAUCCCUUACUUCAUUGCCAAGAGAGUCACAGAUGACUCGGAUGCCUCAAGUAGUGCCUGUCAGGAACUGGCGUACUUCUUCACCACAGGGAUCGUUGUGUCUGCCUUUGGACUUCCUAUCAUCCUCGCAAGAGUUUCUUUGAUCAAGUGGGGAGCCUGUGGCCUGGUGUUAGCUGGCAACGCGGUCAUUUUUAUCACCAUUCAAGGCUUCUUCUUUGUAUUUGGGAGAGGGGAUGACUUUGGCUGGUAGCAGUGGCAGGAUGUCGGAGAGUGGCCACUUUGGACUCAGCUCGUGAUCACUCAUACUCUAGGAGUUCCUCCCGGUAGAAGCGUGUGGGGUGAUAUCAUAUCACCUUCCCACAUUUUCUUAUGCCUUUUUUGUAUCUGUAUAAUCCAGUUUAUUAAGGGAAAGUACCAGUCACUUAAAGCCAUAGUUCCAUUACCAGCAGAUGGUUCUUUCCCCAUAUUCAUUUUUAUGAGUUAUAAUAUUUAGUUUCCUUUUGUUUCCACUCAUUUUCCAAGCUGGGUUUUACGUGCAUGUGUGUACGUGCGUGUGUCAUUUUUAAAAUUAUUUAAGACAGCUUUGUAAUCCAUUACUGCUCACCAGUGCCACACAGCUGGGCAGGUGUGCCUACGGAGAUUGCAGGUGGCUUUCGAUCUGGGAGUCCCAUACUGAGGGAGAGGCAUGAAGGGAAUUGGCCUCUCAGCAUCCAGCACAAACCCCUCACCACAUAGUAGGUGCUUAAUAAGUGCUGAUUGCAUAGAGAGGAAUUGAAUUGCUAAGGUCCCUUGCCCCAUCCAACUAUGAAAUAUGAAGGGGGAAAAUUCUUUAGAGCAGGGGUUCUUAGCCUGGGUCCACAAAUGUCUGAGGAUAGGUUUCUGGGGAUCUGGGAAUUUAGAUGGAAAAACAAGUUAGCUCUUCAUUCCCACUAACCUUAGGUUUCCUUUGUAAUUCUAUGUAUUUUAUUUGAUUCUGAGAAAGAGUCCCAAGGCUUUGCCAUUUUACAAAGGGAGGGGUCCAUGACACCAAGGUUGAGAGCCCUUGCUUUAGAGGGACAGCGGAGUGCAGUGGUUAGUGGAACAGCCUUGGUGUCAGGGAGACCUGGGUUGAAGUCCUUUGGGUGCAUUCGAACUGCGUGGCCCUGAGUAAAUCACUUCAUUCGUUGGGGUCCCCAGGCAACUCUCUUGAAAACAGUUUGAAGGCAAAUUGCUGAUUUGCAUCAGUAGAAGGAAGUCUCACAGGGCUCUUCUCUGCAGGAUGAAAUAAUAGGUGUGGGACACCCCCCAAAAUUAUUUAGAAGGACUUUACUGGGAAGUAGGAGCCCUGGGUUCUAGUCCUGACUGCCAGUUGUGCCUUAUACUCUUUGGGCCUCACUUGGCUUCUUUGUAAAAUGGGGCUAAUGCUCCCACAGCAGCUUGAAGGCAGAGAGCUAGGUCAUGUGCUUCCCAUGGGGUCCCUUUCAGUUCUAAGGUUUGUGAUGAUUUUUGUCAUAGUGCAUUGCUCCUAUGCCACUCUUAGUUGGUAAAGGAAGUUCCCAGUAGGAGAUGACCUCUCUUCCCCAUCCCUCAUUCAUUAGACCUGGGUUCAAGUGCCAGCUCUGUUAUUGACUGCUUGCAUGACCUCAUGCAAGUCACUUUCUCUCCCCUAUGCCUCGGUUUCCUUAUCUGUAAAAUGAAGGUAUCAGACUACAUGGCCUCUAGAUCUCUUCCAGCUCUAAAUCUAUAAUCUAUAACCUAGGAACAUUGAUCAUUCUAACACAGGUGGUGGUAGAUGUGAGGACACUGGUCAGAACACCCCCCACUUCCCCACCCUGAGUCAUCGUGGGAUGGAGAAGCAGUCUAGAGUGAGUCCUGGUGCGAGAGGAUGACUCUUCUUUCCUUCUCAUCACUAUCCCUUUAUUUCUUGUUCUCCCUUAUCAGCAGGGUCACUGGGCAGAAUUGAGCAGGGAUUCUCAUACACUACAAUUCUUCCUUUUGGGUCCAUUUUCUUCUGACUAGUUCUCUUUGUUUUCCUUAUUAGCAGGGUCAUUGGACAGAGUUGAGCAGGGAUGCUUUCUUUCUUUCCUCAGUUCUUCCUUUUGUGGUCACUUUCCUCUUUCAAGUUAUUCCCUCGCACCCUGUCCCUUUCUCCAGUGGAACAGUGAAUGCAGCAUGAGGCAGGUGUGAGGCAGGGUGAACCAGCUGCUGCUUCAUUUUAGUAAUAUGCCUGUGUAAUUGAAUGGCCUAUGUACCUUAUACAAUCUGUCUGUAGAACUGACACCUUUAUACGUCCUGUAAAAUAUUGUAUAUUUGAUAUAAUCAACAGACAUUUCUGCCUUAUGUUUAUUUUACUUUUUAUGUAUAUCAUUCUGAGUGGAAUAUAACCUUUUUGAAAAACCUUA